CAUGGCCUACGUAACCCUAACCGCUUGUGUUAGCAAAAGCAGGAGGACGUCACCUCAAUCCCCUCCUCCUCUUCCCGUCCGCCGCCGCCGCAGCAUCACCGAUGGCGUCGGCCGAGGGCGAGAAGAAGAUGAUCACGCUCAGGAGCUCAGACGGCGAGGAGUUUGAGGUGGAGGAGGCGGUGGCUAUGGAGUCGCAGACCAUCCGCCACAUGAUCGAGGACGACUGCGCCGACAGCGGCAUCCCGCUCCCCAACGUCAAGUCCAAGAUCCUCUCCAAGGUCAUCGAGUACUGCAACAAGCACGUCCACGCCGCCGCCAAGCGCUCAGACGACAACAACGGCAACGCCGCCACCACCAACGCCUCCGCCUCCGGGGGCGAGGACCUCAAGAACUGGGAUGCGGACUUCGUCAAGGUCGACCAGGCCACACUCUUCGACCUCAUCCUGGCUGCCAACUACCUGAACAUCAAGGGGUUGCUGGACCUUACUUGCCAGACUGUUGCUGACAUGAUAAAGGGCAAGACUCCUGAGGAGAUCCGCAAGACGUUCAACAUCAAGAAUGACUUCACCCCUGAGGAGGAAGAGGAGAUCCGCAGGGAGAACCAGUGGGCAUUUGAGUAGAGGGGUUGGAACACUGAAGUACUGAUGUCUCGUCUUGCUUAGGUUUCAUGAUAUCUGCCUUGCAAUGCUACUCUAUUAUGUCUGUGGUAAUGGUUGUAAUUACCUUUGGAGUCUGGAUUGGAUAAUGGGUGGUUUGUAUGGUUAGCUGGUUAUGGUUUGUUUGGAGGUAAAACUGGUGUGGUCUGAACCGAACAUCUGCAGUUAAAUACUGUGUCUCCCAAGUGGAUGAUUUGCCUCC